AUGGGUUCGAGGAUCCACACUGCGCUGGUCGCUUCUGCCGGCGUUCGCAAUGGUCCGCAGGCAGCUCUUGAGGGCGACUCCAGCGGUGUUCGGGGGAGCCGAACCGCGAUCACGAUCACGGAACCUUCGACACCUUACCCCGCGAUGAAUCAUGCAACCUCCUAA